AUCAAAUUGAUUGUGAUAACCUACCAACAACUUGCCCAUUCUAUUCAUCGAAAACUAUCACAGAAUCAUUUGUUCAAGCCACAAAUGAAAAAAUGAAUCGUUACAAAAUAACAUGCGGGAUCAAGUGGAUAUGUUUAUUGGAUCCGAACCUCGUGUAUCAUGAGUAUUCAACAGAAAGUCAACACCAAACAGUUAUAUAAAAGUAUUUGUCCUUUGUCCUUUUUCAAGUUCUAUAUAUGAAGUGGCUCUGCAUCUCCCUCGGCACAACUUCAUAGGCCAUUUCUGUAUUCAGUUUUCCAUUCUCUGCCUACAGAAAUGACAAGCCGCGCCUCAAGCAAACUUGACGGCAAAGUAGCCAUCGUCACCGGUGGUGCGAGUGGCAUCGGUGAGGAGACAGUGCAUCGUUUGGCAACUCACGGCGCAUACGUCGUGAUUGCCGACAUCCAAGACGAAAAGGGCCGCGACCUUGCGGCGUCGAUUGGAUCCCACCAGAGCACCUACGUCCAUUGCGAUGUCACGGAUGAGCAACAGGUGAAGUCCUUGGUGGAAUCAACUCUUCUUCAAUCAAACGGUCGCCUAGACAUCUUGUUCAGCAAUGCAGGCAUAGUGAAUGACGUCAAACAAGACAUUCUCGAGUUCAACAUACCGGCUUUCGAAAGCCUUUUUGCCGUCAAUGUUAUGGGAAUGGCCGCCUGUGUCAAGCACGGGGCGCGCGCCAUGGUGGCGGGAGCCAUAAAGGGAAGCAUAAUUUGCACGGCAAGCAUCCGGGCCAGCACCGGAAACGAGAAUUACGUAGACUACGCAAUGUCUAAGCAUGCCGUGUUGGGUCUGGUGAGGUCGGCGAGCAAGCAACUUGGAGCAUACGGUAUACGCGUGAACUGUGUCUCACCCGGAGUAAUUGCAACACCGCUGCUCUGUCGAGUGUUAGGCGUGAGCGAGGAGGAAGGCGAGAGGAUGUAUGAGUCUAGUUCAUGCUUGAAAGGAGUGCUGAAAGCGAAGCAUGUGGCUGAUGCCGUGGUGUUCCUUGCUUCUGAAGAGGCCGAAUUCAUCAACGGACACAAUCUGGCGGUUGAUGGAGGAUGGGCAAGAUAGGGUCUCCUGUGGAGACUUCAAAUAAAAGUCUGCAGAAUGUCAACUUGCCUGAGCCUUAUUUGCUGCUGUAGCAAUGCUUUUAGUUUUUGGUGUGUGCGCAAUUGUGUGUACCUGUGUGUAAGAAGACUUUGGCGAGGGAUCAAGCGAAGGAGCAACAGAGAGGAGGAAGGGAAGUUCUAUUGAAUAGUUUAUGGGUGUUCCAAUAGUGAUUUGGAGCUAGAGCCAGAGUCAAGAGAGCCUCGUUCAGUUGGUAUUGGGCGUUUGUCCUGCCUGACUUCUAUUAAAAUCACCCGACAACAUUUCUUGCCUCACAAAAACUAUCCAUCUCUACUUUUAAUGAGAACAACUAUGAUUGUUGCAGCAUUUUGAUGGCGCAAGAUUUACAGGACACAGGUUGAGAAAACAUAUGCUCCGAAAGAAGGUGCAAGUGUUUUGGCAGAGUAACUACAAAAAGAUGCCGGAGCUCUUGGAGCGAAGACCACGGAAAAGGCAUCUUUCACUGUGAAGAUGGUGAUAGCCCUAAAGUACUUUUGAAGCGGAUGAUGAAAGUCUAUCAUGUUCUCUCUACCUUUUCAUCGAUGACCAAAUUAUGAUUCUGGAGGUUCCCAGAUCAUGUGCUGGGUUUGCUCAUGGAUCAGCGAAAUAUCUGCUUGGAACUAUGUACAUCCUGCUAUAUAUUAUUUAGUAAUAGAAUU